AUGGCCUUUCUCGCGGCUGCUCUGACGUUGGGUCCGACCACCUAUACGUGUAUUCGUUGUUACGCCGACUGGCCCAUAGUGCUCAUUGCACUAGGACAGCUUGCUCCAUGGAGUUUCAAGAUGUUUAACGAUGGCGCGAGAGGCUGGCAAGCAGCAGCAGAAGCAGGCGGUUACUCACAACUAGCCAGUUCGAGUUCGGAAAGUCAUGAGCCGAAAUUUAACGAGUCGAGAGAUAAGUUUUACAUAUACUUGGGUGCUAUUGUAACCGUCAUAUUAUCGAUUAUUGGUUGGGCAGGCUUGACCAUGAUGAGCUAUGAACUACAUCGCGUAAUGGAGACAUUACAUUGGGUUUGGGUAAUAUACGCAGUGGGUUUAGUUUUAUCACCUAUAAUAAUCAUUACUAUACGCCAGUCACACGACAAGUCGGCGGUUUGUUUUGUAAAUGCAAAAAAUUUCGAACGAACAAAUAGAUUUUGUAGUAUGAUUCUUAUGGUAACGACAUUUAUAAUGGCAACUUUCCAUAUAAUUGGAUCGCAUAUCAUUCUCUCAAAGAUCACUAACAAUUGGAAUGGACUUGCUCCUCAAGGAGCCGGGAUGAUAUCUGCCGUUAUCUUUUUUUUGGGAAAGCGUUUACUGUUUUUUGAUAUUGAUUGCAGUUGCGGUUGA